AUGGCGGUGGCUCCCAACAAUUACGCUGUUUAUGGAAAGAGGAUCGCGGAGGAGGCUCCUUCGGAGACGGCAGUGGCUUACAACAAGUACGAUGUUUCUGGAAAUAGGAUUGCGGAGGCUCCUCCGGUGGCUGCCGCUACCUUUUUGUUAUCUGAACCUGAUGAUGCAGAAAAUGCAUCUGAUAGUGAAAAGAGAGAGACUAUCCAGGAGGAUGAAGAAAAGGAAAACUCAUCAUCAUCGUCAAAUACGCUGCCGGAAUGUUUGCUAUUGAUGAUGUGUGAGCCGAAACUGUCAAUGAAAGUUUCCAAGGAGACAUGGGUCUGCAGUACGGACUUCGUCCGAUGGUUACCGGAGAGGCGGCCAGCAGCAGCUGUCACCAACCAGAAAUUAGUCAACGCUCCAGAGGACCCCAAGAUGGAAGUCAGCUGCACCGACUCCAAUCAUCCUCCCCCUCCUCCAAUGGGACCAUCUGGUGAACGUCGGGGUAACGAGCCGUUUGUGUUGACCAGGUGUAAGUCCGAGCCCAUGAGGACGGCGGCGACUAAGCUUAUGCCGGAGGCUUGUUUUUGGAAGAAUAGGAAGCUUGGGUGGAUAUUUCUCAUAAGAUUUUGUUUCGGUUAAUUUUGGUUAAGGCUCCACAAUGGAAGUCCCUAAAAUAUCCUUUCUGGUUGCUUGAUUGGGAAGCUGAUGGAAAUUAUGCGGUACUAGUUAAAUUUCUUGAUUGGAACCAAAAUAUAAAUUUAGAGAUUAAAUUGACUAUAAAUAAUGUAUAGAAAUUAAAUCGAUGAAAAAAAAAGUUUAGGACUAAAUUGAUAAUUUUUCCUACUUUUUUUUUGGAUUGAACGUGCAAUAUUUUUGCACAUUUUGGUGAUAUAAACACAAUUAACUCUCUUU